GACUGCCGCUGCAAGAGGGGCAUGAAGAAGGAGCUGCAGUGUCUGCAGAACUACUGGACCAUCCACAUGGGACUCACUGAAGGUGGAGACAUGGAUGACUCAUCCCCGUAUGAACCUGUAGCACCAAACCGACACCCUGACGCAUUCCGCUUGGCCUCCAUCUCUUCAGGGAUGCUGACAGUGGCCCCAAAAGGUUUCCAAUGUCUCGACAGCGAGAGAAACUGCAACCCCUGUCUCGAUGCAGCCAAAGCCUGCAACCUCAACGGCAGUUGCAAGAGGCAACGCUCCGCCUACAUCGCUACCUGCAGCAAGGAGGACCCCAACAAGGGUGAAACCUGCAACAAGAAGCGCUGUCACAAAGCUCUGAGGUUGUUCCUGGACCGCGUGCCCCUUGAGUACAGCCACCGGUUGCUCUUCUGCCCCUGCCAGAGUGAGGGUUGCGCAGAACGACGCAGGCAGACAAUCGUGCCUGAUUGCUCUUAUAAAGAUAAGGAGAAACCCAACUGUCUGGAGCUACGGAAGGUCUGCCGCCAGGACUCUCUCUGCAGGUCUAGGCUGGCGGAUUACAUGGUGAACUGCUGGGUGACUCCGAACACAGUGAGCACCUGUCCCAACCAAGACAAUCACCAAGCCUGUUUGGCCUCCUACGCAAGGCUCAUCGGGACAGACAUGACUCCCAACUAUGUUGACAGCAGCUUCUCCAACUGGACCGUCUCCCCGUGGUGCACCUGUAAGGGCAGUGGAAAUCAAGAAGAGGAAUGUAUGAACUUCCUGCGCUACUUCACCGAUAACACAUGCCUAAGAAAUGCCAUACAGGCCUUCGGUUAUGGGAUAGACAACAUGCAGAACAAAAAUGUGUCUGUCCCAGCUCCCUCAGCAACGGCGAAGAUGGGGUCGGAAUGGUCAACAGGCACCUCAGAACCUCCCUUUGUCAUCAUUUCAAAGUAUCCUGAACCAAGAGACGGUGGCCUGGACAAAACCAGGGGCCUGCCAGAGGAUCACUCUGCCUGUCUGUGUGCCAAUGUCUGGGCUCUAGUUCCCGGCCUGGCUUUGGCUCUGGUCCUGGCCCAGCAUGCCUUAUAGAAGCGCCAGGAGGAGAAAAAAGAGGUCAUCCACCCACAAGCUGAUCCCAAAAGCAGAAGGUGUUAUUUCUGAGACUGAUAUUAAGAAGGCUGAAUCUCCAGGCAGUUGACGUAAAUGGCAUUUAUGAAAGAAGAAAAAAAACAAAAAGAAGAAGAAAGAGGUGGAAAAUAUUGAAAUUUUACUAUCGUGAAUUUGUUGUUCAAUUGAUGUAUUGUUAGGGCGGACCAAUGUGAUGAAGCACAUGGCUUUAAAAAGUCCCUUGGUAGGAGAAACCAAGAAGGCCAUUCUCUGGGAAUGAAUCUCCCUCUGACUGAGAGACAAAAACCUGGAGGACUGAAGCUGAUCAUGUUAAAGACUUCUGCACUUUUCUCACCAAAGGAGGGAGAGAGGGAAUGAACAACAUAAUUAAAAGAAGACAGGAUUGACAGUAAAGAAAUUGUUGCAGAGAGAAAAGGAAUAAGCAAGAGGUAAAUGGGGUAGAGUGCAGGCAAAAAGAGAGAGAGAAAGAGACAUUUCUGCUAUCAGUCACUUUUUUUUGUCUUGAAUUGGUUCUCGACUUAAUCUUCUCUUGGAUGAACAGACCACAAAUUUAGGGGCGGGGAUGGGGGAUGAUCACAUUCUGUCUCUUCAACACAAGUGUAAACUCUAAACUGUAAAGCCUACUCAGUGUUCUAAGUGUUGGUAUAGUAUCCGUGACCAUAAUCAAUUUACAGUACAGCUCUUUCAUUUGGGCACUACAGUAAACUUUUUCAGCAGGCUGUGAAAAGAACUAAAUACGGCAACAUUACCAGUUAAUGGUUCUUUGGUCAUUUGAGAUGUUGUUGUUGAUAACUGUGGGUGUACGCCAUACGUCCACCUGCACAUGUGUAUAAUUCUGUCAUGUAUAUAAAAUUUCUUUCAUUCAACCGAAUUAUAUCUUCAGUACCUUGAAUGGACAUUACUGUUAACCUAAGAUGGCUCUGUUUUGAGUAUUGGUACUAAUGGAAGGCCUUCAUUAUCUGCGUUUAUAUUUGUCUAUAAAGGUUUGAUCAUAAAGAAUGUAUACAGGGAUGAGAUUAAACGAGCUCAAACAGCUUGGAAAGCCAUAACCUGUGUGUGAGUAUCAUGCUGUGUUCACUCAGUGUGUGUGGACAAUUAUUACAAUGUGUAUGCGGCUAUGUUUACAUGCAGGAGAAAAGUAGCUUAUAAGGAGUAGUUUAAAUUGCCAGUGUGGGAGUUCGCUCUAUCCCCUCAGAGAUGAGGUUAUGAUGCAUAGUGUAAUUAACGGCAGGGUUUUUGGAGGGUAAGGACAUCCACCAGUUUUGGAGAGUGCCUGUGACCCAGCCUUUUAACUCUAUUGUUCCUCCUUUCAUAAAAUAUUUUACAGAUCCCAUACUGUAGGCCUCAAUUCACAUAUAUAUGACCAUAUCUAUUUACAGAAAAAAUUUGAACAUGUCCUUUUUUUGUCCAAAGUUUAUAUUAAGCUGCAACUUUAAAAUUUAACUUAAGAAAAACUUAAUUUAAAAAAUGUAAUAACUUAAAUGAAUAGUUCAACAUUUUAGAAAAUACAUUUUCUUUCACUCUCUUGCCAAGAGUUAGAUGCGAAGAUUGAUACCCUUCUCAUGUCUGUACACUAAAUAUGAAGCUAGCGCCAGCAGCCUGUUAGCUAGCAUAAACAGGGAAACAGCUAGCUUGGCCCUGUCCAAAGGUAACAAUAUAUGACUACCAGCACCUCCAAAGGUGCCAAAUUAACUAUUUACCUUUGGACAGACCUCUGUUUGUAUUCUUUGUGCUAAGCUAACUGGCUACUGGCUUAUUUAGCAAACAGAAGUGAGAGUGGUAUCGAUCUUCCAUCUAUAUCCCAGCAAGAAGGCGGCAGUUUUAUACUAACUUACACUAAAUUUACUUCAUAAAGGAUUGGUUCACAUAUUUUCGAGUACUUUCAAUACUGAAAGGCCUCAUAUAUAUUGAGAAAGCUAUUUGCUGUAAGUACUGUGGAUUUUGUCCCCUGUAUUGGAGUAACUCUAGAAAGAAAUCUCAUCAGGGCCAGUGUGGACAGCAACCGUAAUAUAUGGACAUGUGAGUGUCAUAUUAAAAAUAUUAACCUAUCCUUUAAAAAAAACUCUCUGAAGUCUUUCACAAUGCAGCAUUACAUCUGGAAAGUCUCCAGUGGAUAGAUUUCACUAUUUAAAACUAGAGGAGCUGAUUUCUUCAGCCAAUCAGCAGUGUCCACUAUUGAGAGGACUAAUGUAUUAUAUAUAUUCUGUAUUACAGUAUAUUUGCAAACAAGAACAAACAAACUGAAUAGUGUUGGAACUUUAUUUCAGCCAAUAUAUCACUGUAUUUAAACAAGAAUAAGAAUAUUGUUUUAGCCAUGGUGCAUUCCUUUUCUUUUCAACAUAUACAGCCUCUGACAUGCUGAGAAAAUACUCAAACUUCCAUUGGCAUGUUUGCCAAUGAAAGAUGUAUUUUUGUAUGUUUAUGCAUACAUAUUUUUUUCCUUGCACUGAAUAAAUGUUGACUGAUGCACAAUCAGUGUUUCCACCAAAAUGUUUAUGUCUUCAGGCGGCACAUCAAGUCUAGCGCUCUGCCACAUAAAUGCAUGCUACUGAACCAAACAGCUUUAUGUUACCGACUGAUUUAGAAAAAGGUUUACAAUCUGUCACAGGAACAGAU